AUGGUCCAUCUGAACAAAGUCCAAAAGCGACAGGGUCGUCGACCUCCUCCCAGCCAGACCGACGAAGACACCCUCUCGGGCAAUGUCUACGGCACGCGAUUCGCAGCCGAGGAACUGCCUCAUCAUGAGAUUGCAGAGAGGGAGAUGCCGCCUGAGGUUGCGUAUCGGAUGAUUAAGGAUGAGUUGAGUUUGGAUGGGAAUCCGUUGCUGAAUCUGGCGAGUUUUGUGAAUACGUAUAUGGAAGACGAAGUCCAACACCUCAUGAACGACGCCAUGAGCAAAAACUUCAUCGACUACGAAGAAUACCCCCAAACCGCAAACAUCCAAAACCGCUGCGUGAACAUGAUCGCCCGUCUCUUCAACGCGCCCACCGACACAACCAACUCCAACCAAGACGCCAUCGGCACAUCUACCAUCGGCUCCUCAGAGGCCAUCAUGCUCGGAACUCUCGCCAUGAAGAAACGCUGGCAAAAUCGCCGUAAAGCAGAAGGCAAAGACUGGCACCAUCCAAACAUCGUCAUGAACAGCGCCGUGCAGGUCUGCUGGGAGAAAGCCGCGCGGUAUUUCGACGUCGAGGAAAAGUACGUGUAUUGCACGGAGCAGCGAUACGUGAUUGACCCCAAAGAAGCGGUGGAUUUGGUCGAUGAGAAUACGAUUGGGAUCUGUGCGAUCCUGGGCACGACGUAUACGGGGCAGUAUGAAGAUGUCAAGGCGAUUAAUGAUUUGCUGGUGGAGAGGAACAUCGACUGUCCGAUUCACGUUGAUGCGGCCAGUGGGGGGUUUGUGGCGCCGUUUGUGAAGCCGGAGCUGGAGUGGGAUUUUCGACUGGAAAAGGUUGUUUCGAUUAACGUGUCUGGGCAUAAAUAUGGAUUGGUCUACCCCGGCGUGGGCUGGGUCUUCUGGCGCGCCCCAGAAUAUCUCCCGCAAGAACUCAUCUUCAACAUCAACUAUCUCGGUGCCGAUCAAGCCAGCUUUACCCUCAACUUCUCCAAAGGCGCAUCCCACGUUAUCGGCCAGUACUACCAGCUCAUCCGACUGGGUAAACACGGCUACCGCUCCAUCAUGCGCAACAUCACCCGGAUAGCCGACCAUCUCGCCUCCGAACUAACAAAACUAGGCUUCAUCAUCAUGAGCGAGACAAGCGGGAAAGGCUUACCCCUUGUGGCAUUCAGACUGAAGAAUGACGAGAACAGACUCUUUGAUGAAUUCGCCAUUGCCCACGUCCUCCGUGAACGCGGGUGGGUGAUUCCGGCGUAUACGAUGGCACCGCAUAGCAACAAGCUCAAGAUGAUGAGGGUUGUGCUGAGAGAGGAUUUCAGUAUGAAUCGGUGUGGUGUGUUGAUAGAAGAUUUCAAGUCUGCACUCAAGACGCUGGAGGAGAUGGAUAAGACGAUGAUAGAGAAGUGGACUCUACAUCGGUUGAGCAGAACGAACACGGCCAGGUCGAAGAGACAUUCGCAUUACAAGAACGAAAAGCAUUCAUUGCAGGGCAAGACUGGGAAGACUCAUGCUGUAUGCUAA